AUCGGCAUAAUGCGCAGUUACAUGGGGUAUUCCUCAUAUUAACUGCUCGACAUGAAGUUUACAUUCCUUUCAGUCAUUGCUUUAGCGGCUAACGCCGCUCUCGGUGAACACGUCUAUCGCACUGAAAAUCAACUCAUCGUCACAACCACAACAGGAAAAUACGGUGGUUUGAUUGAUCCCAAAUUCCCCAAGACACGUCAAUUCCGCUCUAUUGCCUUCGCUGAACCACCAGUCCUAUCACGUCGCUGGUUGCGACCGCAAAAGCUCCCCCCGUCCACUGAGCACCACGAUUCGUACACCUUCCCGCCAUCAUGUCCCCAAUUCGUUUCGAAGAUUCCUUCAUUGAACAACCAGUACUUUUCAGGAGGCACUCUUAUCAAUAAUGGAAACCAGAACGACACAUCUGGCCUUGUUGGGGUGGAUACUUCGGAAGACUGCCUGUAUCUGGCUGUGUGGACGCCCGCGAACGCAACGUUUCAUUCGAAGCUGCCUGUUCUGUUCUUCAUGUCGGGAGGAGGCUUCACCACUGGCGGCGUGGAUAUCCCGUACCAGGUACCAACGGGCUGGGUCGAACGUUCGCAGUCACAUCUCGUCGUUACAAUUAACUAUCGGGUUAACAUUUUUGGUUUCCCAAAUGCGCGGGGUCUGACGGAUCAGAACCUGGGGACUCUGGAUCAGCGGGCUGCACUCGAGUGGGUACGGGAUAACAUCGCACAGUUUGGAGGUGAUCCUGAGAAAAUCACACUCUGGGGUCAGUCGGCCGGUUCUAUAUCUGCCGACGCUCACGCCCAUGCCUUCUAUGAUGACCCUAUCGCCCAUGCCUACUUCCUGCAGUCGGGCACUGUCUUUAGUGGUUCCGCGGUGACUGACACAACGUACUCAAACUUCAGCUUCGUAGCAAGGAAAUUCGGCUGCCAGUUCGCCAAUGACAGUGAUGGGAUUGCAGAGCUGGAGUGCAUGCGCCAGGUAUCAUUCAAGCAGAUUGAGAAUUUUGUAGGGCAGUAUGCAGACAGUGGCCAACAGCCAGCACUAAACUUCAUACUGGUGGCAGAUGAGUCCAUCAUCUUCUCGGACUACGCAGCCCGUGCGCGCGCUGGCAAAGUUGCCCACCGGCCAGCGAUCAUCUCCAAUGUCGCCAACGAGAUGUCGUCACUGGUCCCGUUACCUAGCAAUCUAACGGCGGGUCCAGACCAGGCGCUCGUUCUCGCGUACGAUCUCGCCGACUGGAUAUGCCCGACGUAUAACUCAACCGUCGAACGCAAUCGGUUAGGCAUUCCUGUCUUCCGAUAUCAACAUGCGGGCACAUUUCCAAAUCUCAAUCCGUUCAAAUGGCUGGGUGCGUACCAUGGUAGCGACGUGCCAAUGAAUUUUGGUACCUACGGGAUUUUGACAAAUCUGGCCAAUGCCACUGAAUUCGAGACCGAAGUCAGCCGGAAUAUGCAAGAUCAUAUCCUUGCGUUCGCAAAAGAUCCCUAUCACGGUCCGCAGAAGAUCGGCUGGGAACCGUUAGUCGCCAGUAAUGGGUCUAGAGAAGGUCUUAUUCGCUUUGGAGCCGAUGGUAAGGUGAUUCAGUAUAUUAAUGGUAUUGAAGUGGAUGGAGCCUGUCAGGGAGUCGGGACGUAUAACCCGUUCCCUUGAGGAGGGCUGGUAUGUAAUAUUAAAUUUGACCUUGAUUUCUGCCAUAAAGUACCAAUUAUUUAGAAAGCGGUGGAUACUCCUCUACGUGGUAAAACUCCACAUAGGUUAUGAGAUCUCACAGUUGACACAAGGAUCAGGAAAAGCUGGAUAUAUUGAAGUAAAGUAGAUAACUUGUUG